AUCAAGGUCAAAGAGGUAUACGUGGAUUAUCAGGACCAACUGGAGUGCCAGGACCUGCAGGGGCUAAAGGUGAACCCGGUACACCUGGACGUCUUGGAAUGCCAGGUCUCCCUGGACGAGCCAUUAUGGGACCAAAGGGUGAUCUUGGAUUACCAGGACCUCCUGGCCCAGUUGGAGAACAGGGAAUAGGGAUUCCAGGGGCUAAGGGCGAUCGUGGACAUCCAGGACCACCGGGACCAUUUGGACCAAAGGGAGAUGGGUACCCUGGCCCACCUGGUCUUCCGGGUCUUCCAGGAGCUCCAGGAGAUCAAGGCCCUGAAGGGAUUGGGUUACCUGGACCAAAGGGUGAUCCCGGUAUCAGAGGACCAGCUGGUCUCCCAGGCCCAUCAGGAGAAGGCCUACCAGGGCCUAAAGGCAAUGUUGGACGACAAGGACCACCUGGAGCCUUGGGACCUCCAGGUGAAGGUAUCCAAGGACCAAAGGGUGAGCAAGGAAUUCAAGGAAUGCCGGGACCCCGUGGGGCUCCUGGAGAAGGGCUUCUUGGACCCAAGGGUGAUCGUGGAGCUGCUGGAGAAAGAGGAAGAAAAGGAGAGAAGGGAAACAUGGGUGACCCUGGUUCAGCUGGAGAACCUGGCAGAACCGGAGCAAAGGGCGAGCAAGGUCUAACAAGAGAAGAUAUAAUUAAAUUGAUUAAAGAGAUAUGUGGCUGCGGUAUCAAAUGCAAGGAGAUACCUAUGGAGCUUGUGUUUGUGAUUGACAGCUCCGAAAGUGUGGGCCCAGAGAAUUUUGAAAUAAUCAAAGAUUUUGUCACUGCUUUGGUAGACAGAGUAACUGUAGGGAGAAAUGCCACCAGAAUUGGCCUUGUCCUCUACAGCCUGGAGGUUCGGCUUGAAUUUGGACUGAAUAGGUACACAACUCAACAGGAUGUGAAACAAGCAAUCCGGAAGAUGUUAUAUAUGGGAGAAGGCACUUACACAGGCACAGCCAUCCGUAAAGCAACACAGGAAGGAUUUUUUGGGGCUCGAACUGGCGUGAGGAAAGUUGCCAUAGUCCUCACAGAUGGCCAAGCGGAUAAGAGAGAAGCCGUCAAGUUGGAUAUUGCUGUCCGAGAGGCUCAUGCAGCUAACAUCGAAAUGUAUGCCAUUGGAAUUGUGAACACUUCAGACCCAACACAAGUUGAAUUCUUGCGGGAGCUGAAUCUCAUUGCAUCAGACCCUGACAGAGAACAUAUGUACCUCAUUGACGACUUUAAUACUCUUCCAGCUUUGGAGUCCAAACUUGUUAACCAGUUUUGUGAAGAUGAACAUGGGGCCUUAAUAUAUAAUCGGAUUGGAGCUGGAGGAAGCAUAAAUGGACCAUCUAUCCACUCAGUAUCUUCUCGUUCUUCACAAUACAUAUUGCACACAAACAGUAAUAAUGGACAGUCAGUUUUAUCAAAUGAAUUUGAAACAACAGUGAAAGAGGAUUCUAUAAAUCUUGGCCAGCCUUCUCAACCAUUAAUCCCGACCAAAGAAUUGCACAGGUCAUCUCAUGAGAACUACGAUGUGGAACCUGAUGAUCUCACAGCUUUGUCUCCUGUUAAAGCAGUUACUUCAGCACUGCCAUCAUUGCCAUCAUCACCAUCGUCAUCACCGCCUUUGGCAUCGCUAACAGCAGAGAAAACGCUCCCACCUUCUCAUUCAUCAGCUUCCUCCAUGCCACCUACACCCAAACCAGAAAAUCUCUUGAGCCCUCCACAAUGUAAAUUAAGAUUAGAUCAAGGACCAUGCCGUGUGUAUAUUAUAAAAUGGUAUUAUGAUAAGCAAGCCAAUUCUUGUGCUCAGUUUUGGUACGGUGGCUGCGAUGGAAAUGCUAACCGCUUUGAUAUCGAGGAAGACUGUAAAAAGACCUGCGUAUUUUCCUCUUGAGAUGGCUGAAGGAUAUUAACAGAGACGCUCACCGAGCAGAAUUCAACAGAAAAGAUUGUUAGCCAAGAGAGGGGAGAUUUUGUGCAAAUGUAUUAAGAUCUUUUUGUAUUUUGUACUUGAUUAACAAGAGGAAAGAUGACCGGUAUCCUCAAACCACUUAUUCCACUGUAGUCCUACUGAAGUCAAUGGAGCAGUCUAUCUUCUAUUUCCGAAACAGAGCUUACAUGCAGGUGCAAUGUUAAGACACAUACUGAGGCCACACAUACGUUUGGAUUGUAUCAUCACACUGCUCAGCUGACAGCAAGGCCUUGUGUCAUGGGAAUGGGAAGGAAAACAGCCUUUAAAUCUGCUUCAAAUGGUUGGAUUUAGAGCUGAUUUAGGUGGUUUGGCGGGCCAACAAGGGGGGGAGGGGAGAUUUCUGAAAGCUGCUUCCUUUUCUGUUCUACUCACAGAAACCAUAUCAUUGGAUAACACCCUUCACAUCUGAAACAAUCGUGCAUGCUUUGUAGAUUGUAAAACAUUAACAAAACAAAAAUAAACGUUGUAUCUUAUAUUGUGAAUAGAAACUUCCCCAUACUGAGGCUGAUUUUACCCUGCCACCUGCCACGUUCGCUUUUAAUUUAGGAGCUCAGCCGGGGCAAUAAAUAACCAGGAAACAAUGGGGAGGAGUGAUUUGCCAAUUCAAAAGGGUCUCAUUUAACUCAUGGUAGAAACAUGAUGUUAAGAACCCUGUUGUUUCCUGGUAAUAUGUAGUUUCACCCCUGGGAAUCUAGAAAGCUAUAUGGUACUAUGUUUGCCAGGAAAUGUUAUGAAUUCCUGUAUGAUGGCUCUUUAUAGGACUUUCCCAAGAGCUAGCAGCCUCCAAGAACCUAAUAGGGCCAGCAAAACUAUAACCCGUAGUUACCCCUUUCCUUAUACACACAUCAAAUUCUCGCUCCACAAUUUUCAGUUUGCCUGUGGACUAUAUUCCGGAAUAAAUGAGGAUUUCUAUCUGUUGGAAUCUGCAGGUAAAUGUUACUCAGGGGUAGAAAUUUGAUACUUCUUUAAGGCUGCAACCCUAUGCACAAUUAUUUGCAAUUAACCCCAAAAUAGAAGCGUACUUCUGAGAAAGGAGUAUUGCACAGGUUAGGGUUGCACAAGUUAAUCCUAAAAACAUUAUUUUACACUAACAAACUCCUUGGUCAUUUACAUCACUUGAUAAACUAGUUGGUUCCAGCUCAUGCAUAUAGCAGCAAAACAUGGUUAAGAGUGUUACUUGUAAAAUAGCUCAUAGCAUUCCAAUUAUGCUGCUGAAAGUGAAUAUUGACAAGCAGGCAGCAUGGCAAAAUUACCUGUAAAGCUACAUUAAAUGUAUCCAAAUAAAUUGUAUAUUAAUAUGGCUCAGUCCUAAAACUUGCUGAGCCAAAAUAUAAGAGAUUAGAAUGUGGGCAUCAAACACUAUGCCAUGCUAGUUUCACAAAACUACUGCUUGCUCAGUAGAAUACUGGCGCUGCAGGUAGAUACACCAGUGCUGUAUAUAUGUUUCAAAGUGGGUUGUUAAUUUGUUACCUCUGUCAGCAUAUGCCCAUAAAUAUCUGCAUUCCAGGUUUUUUGUUUUUGUUUACUAGCAUACAUUUAUCAGCAUUAAACGUGCAAGAGGUACUUUAUGCAUAAAAUAUACCAAAAUACUUUUUGCACUAAGUGUAUUUCUGUGCCACUAGAAAAAUCUGAGAAAUCUGCAAAACUAACAUCUCAUCUCACUGUGUUUAUUAAAAGUCACUGUGUCUUUUAAUCACUUCAUAUGAGGAAGAUAUUUAGAACUGAAUGUUUGCUUUUGUGAAAAAUGUAACCAAGAAUAAAUAAUAAUCUUCUUUCAAAAUAGA